CGCCGCUGCAGUGCGCAGGAGCCCUUGGUCCGCGCCCCAGAGCCAGGAGCCCGACAGAGAGCUCCCGAGCUGCGUCCGGAGCCAGGCAGGGGUCGCCGCAGCCUGGAUGCGCCCUGUGGCGCGAGCGCACGCAGCAUCCCGAGCCUCCCGCCGCGCGACGGGGAUGCCCGCUCUCCGGGCCCGGGGCUGGGCCCCCGGCGGUAACCGGAGCGGGGGGGCGCGCCCCCCCAGCCGCAGCUGCCGCGCCCGCGCCCGGGCCAGUCGCCUCCGGGCCCCAUCUCCUGUCGCCGCGCUCUGCGCACCCGCCGCCCUGCGCGGCCAUGGGGACGCUGCUGGCCCUAGUGGUGGGCGCGGCGCUGGUGUCCUCAGCCUGGGGGGGCUGCGUGGAGGUGGACUCCGAGACUGAGGCCGUGUAUGGGAAGACCUUCAAAAUCCUGUGCAUCUCCUGUAAGCGUCGCAGUGAGACCAGCGCCGAGACCUUCACGGAGUGGACCUUCCGCCAGAAGGGGACAGAGGAAUUUGUCAAGAUCCUACGCUAUGAGAACGAGGUGCUGCAGCUGGAGGAGGAUGAACGCUUUGAGGGCCGUGUGGUGUGGAAUGGCAGCCGGGGCACCAAGGACCUGCAGGACCUGUCCAUCUUCAUCACCAACGUCACCUACAACCACUCUGGCGACUACGAAUGCCACGUCUACCGUCUCCUCUUCUUUGAUAGUUAUGAGCACAACACCAGCGUCGUCAAGAAGAUCCACCUGGAGGUGGUGGACAAGGCCAACAGAGACAUGGCGUCCAUCGUGUCGGAGAUCAUGAUGUACGUGCUGAUCGUGGUGUUGACCAUAUGGCUGGUGGCGGAGAUGGUGUACUGCUACAAGAAGAUAGCCGCCGCCACGGAAGCCGCCGCGCAAGAGAACGCCUCGGAAUACCUGGCCAUUACAUCCGAGAGCAAAGAGAACUGUACAGGCGUCCAGGUGGCCGAAUAGCGCUGGCCCUGGGCUUCACCUCAAGGCAGAACCAGCCCUGCCGGGUACCCUCUCCCGGCAGUGGGGAUCGGCCCCUGAUGGGGACCCUCCCCGCGGCAAUAGGAGUCAGCCCAUCGGCCUCCCCACCUCACAGUCCUGCAGAGGAGCCACCUGGGUGGGAGCGGGCAGGGACUGAUCCCACCUCACCCACCGCCUCCCGCCCACCCUCCCACCGCCAUGCAUGAUGGGUGAAGCAAUAUGGCCGCCCCACCCUGCUUUUGCUGCCUGUUUGGGGGAGGGGGCGGUGAGGCCAGGGGGCAGGCCCCGCCCCUUCUCUUGCUGAUUUGCACAUAGGCCACUUCCCACACGUACUGCCAGGCCGGCCGGCCCCAGCCCUGCUUGAGGGGGUCAAGAGUGGGGGCCGGGACAGGGACAGUCGUGGGCAGGGGGUUCCGGGCCUCAUCUCCCCUCCGCUUCCUCCGGCUGGACCUGGGGUUCCCUCUCUGUGACACCUCCUAGCCCUGGCCCACCCGCCCUCUCUCACCAGCCUUCACUUGUGGUCUCUUGGGAAGGGCCUCUUCGGCCUCCUCUCUCUUUACAGAAGUAGUUUUUGUUCAUGAAAUAAAGAUUCUUGGACUCGA